AGACAAUAAGAAACAAAUGGUACAACUCCACAAAAGGCUACCCGGAAAAUAAGUGUCAAAUAAAUCCUACAGAACUCUGGCUUCUUCCUUUGAGCUCUGUAUAUGCAAACCUGUUUUCAAACCAUAGCUGCCCAGGCUGAACUACAUUUCUUUGGAAAUGUAAGCGACUGCUUUUUCUCUUGUUUUCUCCUUCACUUCAUCUGAGGGCUCUGGAUUAAUUCCUUGAGACAUAUCUUUGCAUACAUGUCUCAUGAGUUAUGUUUCCUGGAGUCUUUUACUAGAAACAUUAAGGGUUUUGAGUCAUGAUGCAAGAUUCUGGGACUGAGGCAAAGAGUAACGGUUCUGCCAUUCAGAACGGGCCAAGCAGCAGCAACCACUUACUAGAGUGCAGCAGUCUUCGCGAGGGCCGCUCCAACGGGGAGACCCCAGCCGUGGACGUGGGGGCAGCGGAUCUUACCCACAUCCAGCAACAGCAACAGGCAAUUCAAGUGGCAAGACAGCUGCUUCUACAGCAACAACAACAACAACAACAGCAGCAACAGCAAGUCAGUGGAUUAAAAUCCCCCAAGAGGAAUGACAAACAACCAGCCCUUCAGGUUCCCGUGUCAGUGGCUAUGAUGACACCUCAAGUCAUCACUCCCCAGCAAAUGCAGCAGAUCCUCCAGCAACAAGUGCUGAGCCCUCAGCAGCUCCAGGUACUCCUCCAGCAGCAACAGGCCCUCAUGCUACAACAGCAGCAGCUUCAAGAGUUUUAUAAAAAACAACAAGAACAGUUGCAGCUUCAACUUUUACAACAACAACAUGCUGGAAAACAGCCUAAAGAGCAACAGCAGGUGGCUACCCAGCAGUUGGCGUUUCAACAGCAGCUUUUACAGAUGCAGCAGUUACAGCAUCAACACCUCCUGACUCUGCAGCGCCAAGGCCUUCUAACCAUUCAGCCUGGGCAGCCUGCCCUUCCCCUCCAACCUCUUGCUCAAGGCAUGAUUCCAACAGAACUGCAGCAGCUCUGGAAAGAAGUGACAAAUGCUCAUACUGCGGAAGAAACCACAGGCAACAAUCACAGCAGCUUGGAUCUGACCACGACAUGUGUCUCUUCCUCUGUACCGUCAAAGACCUCCUUACUCAUGAACCCACAUGCCUCUACAAAUGGACAGCUCCCGGUCCACACUCCCAAAAGAGAAAGUUUGUCCCACGAGGAGCCUCCCCACAGCCAUCCUCUCUAUGGGCAUGGUGUGUGCAAGUGGCCAGGCUGUGAAGCAGUGUGCGAAGAUUUCCCAUCAUUUCUAAAACAUCUCAACAAUGAGCAUGCGCUGGACGAUAGAAGUACAGCCCAGUGUAGAGUUCAAAUGCAGGUUGUACAGCAGUUAGAGCUACAGCUUGCAAAAGACAAGGAGCGCCUGCAAGCUAUGAUGACCCAUCUGCAUGUGAAGUCAACAGAACCCAAAGCUGCCCCUCAGCCUCUGAACCUGGUAUCAAGUGUCACGCUCUCCAAGUCCACAUCGGAGGCUUCUCCACAGAGCUUACCUCAUACUCCAACGACCCCCACGACCCCCAUCACUCCUGUCACCCAAGGCCCCUCUGUCAUCACCACCACCAGCAUGCACACGGUGGGACCCAUCCGCAGGCGGUACUCGGACAAAUACAAUGUGCCCAUUUCUUCAGCAGAUAUUGCGCAGAACCAAGAGUUUUAUAAGAACGCAGAAGUUAGACCACCAUUUACAUAUGCAUCUUUAAUUAGGCAGGCCAUUCUGGAAUCUCCAGAAAAGCAGCUAACACUAAACGAAAUUUAUAACUGGUUCACACGAAUGUUUGCUUACUUCCGGCGCAAUGCUGCCACGUGGAAGAAUGCAGUGCGUCAUAAUCUUAGCCUUCACAAGUGUUUUGUGCGAGUAGAAAACGUUAAAGGGGCAGUAUGGACAGUGGAUGAAGUAGAAUUCCAAAAACGAAGGCCACAAAAGAUCAGUGGUAACCCUUCCCUUAUUAAAAACAUGCAGAGCAGCCACGCCUACUGCACACCUCUAAAUGCCGCUUUACAGGCUUCUAUGGCUGAGAACAGUAUACCUCUAUACACUACCGCUUCCAUGGGAAAUCCCACUCUGGGCAACCUAGCCAAUGCCAUACGGGAAGAACUGAACGGCGUCAUGGAACAUACCAACAGCAACGAGAGUGACAGUAGUCCAGGCCGGUCCCCUAUGCAAGCCAUGCAUCCUGUACAUGUCAAAGAAGAGCCCUUGGAUCCAGAGGAAGCGGAAGGGCCUCUAUCCUUAGUGACCACAGCCAACCACAGUCCAGAUUUUGACCACGACAGAGAUUAUGAAGACGAACCAGUAAAUGAGGACAUGGAGUGAAGGUCUGGGCAGGCUGACCCCAAGAAUGAAGUUUGGAAAAAAA